AUGGAAAAAAGGUGGCUCUUCUCCCUCUUUUGUUUGCUCUCGGCACCCAGCGUUGCAGGCCAGCCUGAAGAAGUCAUUACACAAACAGAAGCGGUCCGUGCUUUGCCAGGUGCUGACGUGACCCUGGUGUGCAGCUUUCCAAAACUACACACCACCUACAUAAUACAAACACAGUGGUCCAAGACCGAUGACAACCAGCUUACCAUAAUAGCUGUUUAUCACCCCGUUUAUGGCACCUACUACUUCACCUUUCCUGAGGCUUCUUACAACUUUUCAGUGUCCUUCAGCACGAGGAAGUGCUGCGACUGGGAUGCUACAGAGGCUUUGUGUUCCCCUGAACCAAACACCAAGUCUGAGUGCAAUCAGUGGGCUCUGCAUCUGAAAAACGUUACCGUCUCCCUUAGUGGGCAGUACAAGUGCAGUUUUGCUACUUACCCGUAUGGGACAAAGGCUGCAAAAAUUCAACUUAUUGUCAAGGCAGAAGAGGAGCAGCACUACGUGAAGGAAGUGCGGUUAAACCAGACUUUAGAAAUUCCAUGCCUUGAGGACACGGCCUCAGAAAAUUUGUCCAAUUAUCCUUUGAAAUGGCUAGUGGGGGAAAACGGCAGAAAAGAGGAACUUGUGACCAAGGAGCCCUCCAGUCCUGCAGUGUACAGGAACAGCAGCGCGCUGUAUGGGCAAAGAGUCCGCCUGGGUUCGAAUAACGCUCUAAAGAUUUUCCCCAUCAAAAUCACGGAUGAUGGCAGGGUGUUUUCCUGCCACGUGGUGUACCACCCAGAGAGAGUCCAGAAGAGCAGCACCACCGUGAGAGUAUUCGCCUACCCUGAGAUCUCUGUUAGCCUGCAGGAGGGCUCCGCUGGCACCUCGCAGAAGCCUAACGUGAGCUGUGUCGUGAGGAAGGCGUUUCCCAAGCCAAGCCUCGUGUGGUACAUGGACAGAGAGAGCCUGAUGGAGCAGCCUGGAGACAUUUCUGUUGAACAAGAAGACUUGCAAGACAGUGAAGGUUUCUAUCAGCUGAGAUCAACGCUGAUGUUGCAAGGGACCCACCAGACACAUAAGAUGUUCUCGUGUGCAUGUCUGUUUUCCUUCCUCCGGAAUGAAACUUGGAAUAUUUCAUCAGAAGAAAUAUUUGUUUCCUUCGACAAUAAGUCUAAUGAAGCCUCAUCUGAAGCUUUUACCACCAUGGCUUCAGAAGACCUUGGAAAUUCAGCACUUCCAUCAGCUGUCAUGACUACCUCAGAGCACCAGUCAACAUCUUUGGCUUCUCUGGAUUUCACAAGUCAAGCAAGCUUGGCUCCUGCUUCCACGACACAAGAUUUGAAUGAUUCCACCACCGAAUCCCCACAAAGCCUCAGGAAUGCCACACGCUCCUCCGAGAAUACAACCCUGGAGCAUCGUAACCUGUCCUUCAGCAUCACAGACCAGCCAUUUUCAGUUACCAGAGAGAAAGAUUUCUUUACUACCAGCAGUCUGCUCAAUAGUACUGGCGGCGUGAGGAACAUGAAAGCCAGUCGCUUCCCCUGGCCAACAGUGGUAGCCGUCCUGCUCCUCUUCUGCAGUUUUCUAGUAGCUUUAGGCAUCCGGAAAUGGUGUCAGUACCAGAAAGAGAUCAUGAACAGACCUCCAUCUUUCAAGCCACCACCACCUCCGAUAAAGUACACCUCCAUGGUGGAGUCUGAUGGGACUCCCCCAUCCUGCCACGAACUGGAACACCUGUAA